CUUUUGUGUGAUACCUGUAAAACUGCCCACCUACAGAGUUGUUGUGAACUUUGUCGUAUAAACCUAUGCAGGACCUGUGCUGGGGAUCACCUAUCGGAUACGUCUAAAAGACACAACGUUGUGCCCUAUAAAUACAGAAAGCCUCUUCCUAAGUACUCAAAAUGUACAGACCACGCCGAACAACACUGCAAACAUUACUGUGAGAAAUGUGACAUUCCUGUCUGUUCCACCUGUGUGUCCUCAGGUAGACACAAAGAUCAUAAUAUAUUAAAUAUUCUGAAAAAAUUCAGUGAAAAAACUCAAAGUUUGCAAAACGACUUAGCAGAACUAGAGACCGGAAUUUAUUUCCAAUAUGAAAAUAUGGCCUCAGAUAUCCAAACUGAGAAAGCUGAGUUAGAAACGAAUUACAGGACACUGACCACAGCUGCUGACCAACAAGGAGAAGUCUGGCACAGAGAGAUUAACGUCAUUGUCAACCAAAGGAAAUCUGACAUUCAAGAGAUGAAAAAUAAACACUUAUCUUCCCUGAAUAAAAAUACAGAUCAAAUCACACAGAAAAUAAUGGAAUUAAAACAGAUCAUUUCCGACUUAAAAUCAAUGCUAAAAUCAAAUGACGCCUCCUUAACCUCUACUUACAAAUCUAGGAAUUCCGAAUUCAGAACAUUGGUGCCAAAAGUUGGAAUUACAUUACCAAGGUUUUUUCCUCAGAAAAUGAACAAAGAUCGGCUCAGUGAAAUGUUUGGUUCUCUGUCGCCCUUAUCAAUUAACACAGAGAACUCACCAGAAGCUAUAUCCUCUCCUCUAGUCAAACCACUGCUUGAUGAACCGCGGCUCACCGCCACUAUAGACACUCGGUAUGCAUCACUAUUUAAUGUUACAUGUCUCAGUGAAGAAGUCUGGACAUGUGGAGAUAGCAAAAUUUUACAGCUCCUAAACCUCCAGGGGAAACUACUGACAUCAAUAGAAACCGAGUCAGGGGUCACACCAUAUGACAUUGCAGUGACACUGGACGGAGAUCUCGUUUAUACUGACACUAAAACAAAAACUGUAAACAUAGUGAAGAAUAAACAGAUACAGAUCAUGAUCACAAUACAGGGCUGGAGACCUAUCAGUGUCUGCAGUACCUCCUCUGAUGAUCUCCUGGUUUUCAUGGUCAGUAAUGAUUUCCAACAAUCCAAAGUUGUGCGUUACUCUGACUCCAAAGAGACACAAACCAUUCAGUUUAAUGAUCAGGGUCAACCUCUCUAUUCACAUGAAUAUAAUAAAUAUAUCUGUGAGAACAGGAACCUGGAUAUCUGUGUGUCUGACUUUAGUGCUAGUGCAGUAGUGGUGGUCAAUCAGUCAGGAAGACUCCGAUUUAGAUACAUGGGUCAUUCCUCUGAUACAGAGAAAUCAUUUAAGCCACGGGGCAUCACUACAGACAGCCAGAGUCACAUUCUGACAUCAGACUGUGACAAUGACCGUAUCCACAUCCUAGAUCAGGACGGUCAUUUCCUCUGUUACAUUCAGAACUGUGAUUUAAAGCGUCCAUAUGGUCUAUGUGUAGAUAUCAGAGACAACCUUUUUGUAGCUGAGCGUCACACUGCUAAAGUGAAGAAAAUCCAAUAUAUUUAAACACCUUGUUGAUCACAUAUGUCAAGACCGUGUGAAUUACACAUUGAAAAAGAAUGUUAUUUACAUCUGUUUAUUACAAUGUAAGUACAGCCUCUUUCUGAAUACGACACAAAUAUAUACAUAGGCCAAGAUGAUUAUGUGAUAGUGUGAUAUUAGAUAUGACAUCAAUGAUCUAGACAUGUUUACCAUAUAUUUAUGUUUGUCAUCAGUAAUAUAUACUCAUAUUUUGUCAUCAUAUAUUCACAUAAAUAUAUAAUAGUGUAUAUAUUCAUAUGGAAAUAAAUGUUGAUACACCAAAAAAAAAAAAAAAAAAAAAAAAAAAAGAAAA